AUUGAUGACUACAAUGAUUCUUUAGCCUUGACACUGAUUGUGUCUCUGACUGCGUCUGUGAGAUACUGUACGUGCCCCUUUGAUCCCUGUGCCUUGUGUGACCCCCCUAGAGCUUGAUGCUCUCCAUUGCCAAGGGGCUGCUGGAGACUGAGGUCACAGACAAAAUAGAGGAAAAGAGGGCGUACAUGUCAGAAAACUGCACUCCUCUCUCUCUUCCCAGUGGCACACAAGCCUUGCAGGAGCUUUGCAAAGAGAUCCACCAUAAAAUUGAGCGCAUUGAUGAGGAAAGAUAUGACAUGGAAGUUAAAGUUAACAAAGGUGUACGAGAUGUUGAAGACCUCAAGAUCAAGGUGCAGGAUUUGAAGGGCAAGUUCAAGAAGCCAGUCUUGAGAAAAGUGCGCAUGUCUGCUGAUCAGAUGCUUCAGGCUCUGCUGGGCUCCAAGCACAAGGUGAACUUGGACCUGAGAGCCAACCUGAAGCAGGUGAAGAAGGAGGUCAAGGAGGAGGAGAAGGAGUUGCGUGAGGUUGGUGACUGGCGUAAGAACAUUGACGACAAGUCUGGCAUGGAUGGCAGGAAGAAGAUGUUUGAGGGAGGCGAGGCAUAAGUUUCUCCCUGCAACUAGAUUGUUUUCAAAGAGAUUUUCUAUAAGGCCGUAGCUUUUUUUUUUUUUUUUUAAAUAACCCCAUUCUGCCAUCUCUGAAAGAACAUGUUUUCCCUUUAGGAUUAAAC